AUGGUGGAGGGAAAAUUGAAAAAUGUGUCUUACAUAUCGAAUUUUGUUUCGAAAUACCAACGAGGCUUGGAGAUGACUUAUGAAAUAGUGAGUUUAAAGAAUAAAAAACAUUUUGAAAGUAUAUGUUUCUCGUAGGAUGGUCAAGUGCACACCGGAGAAUUCAACGUAAAAAUGGGAAGUGUUGCUAUUCUUCUAUUUGACACCGACCUUCAAAAAUUCUUACUAGUUCGACAAUUCAGACCUGCAAUGUUUACUUCGACAAUUUUGAAAAACAAGGAGAAUUAUGGCAAAGAUUAUAGUGAUAUCAAAUGGGAAGAAUACGAUACAGAAUGUGGGUAUACGAUGGAGUUAUGUGCCGGAUUAAUUGAUAAGGAAGGACUUACACCAGAACAAAUUGCAUUUGAAGAAGUUGAAGAGGAAUGCGGGUACAAAGUAGACAAAUUAACACCUAUCGCUACAUUUAUGUAGGUUGAGAUUUUCGAAUUAAUAUUAUGUUCAAGGAUAAUAAUAUUUUAGUGUUGGAAGUCAUCAAUCAGGAAAUGCUCAAUAUUUAUUCUAUGCAGAGAUUGAUUCUUCGAAAAAAAUCAGUGAAGGUGGUGGAAAUGUUCAUGAAGGUGAAGUAAUCACAAAAGUUUAUGUUACAUUAGAACAAGCUCGUCAUUAUGUCUACGCUUCGGAAAAUAAUGAAUACGCAGAAAUCAACGGACCUCCUGGUGUUCUUUUUGCAUUUCAAUGGUGGUUUUUAAAGGAUCGUUUGAAAAUGCUCGAAAAUUCCAACUUCAAUUGGAUUCCACGGCCAGUAAAAUCAGUUUCAAAUAUCAGAUUUUCAUCAGAGUUUGAUAAAACCAAAUAUGGAUACAAUCCAAAACGUAUGAACUUCACAAUAAACGGAAUAAAACGAACAUGGGAUUUGGCACUUUGCCCAAGUAGUGCUGCUGCUAUUCUUAUUGAUUCGGAGAAACGCGAACUAAUUUUGCUAGAACUUCAAAGGGUUCAAGUUCUCGUUGGAAAACUUCGAAAUGCAAAAGAGAAUAUCGGAAAAAGUUUGGAGAGUAUUGAUUUUACCAAGGCGAAUCCAUUGGAAGGUGUAACCUUGGAACUUGUGACUGCAAAAGUUCCAGAUUUUGAAGAUCCACAAAUCAAAUUAAAACAACAUUUAGAAACAAUUGGAUAUAAGGAUGUGAAAAACUCCAAAUUGAUCGCCAAAGUUGUGUAAGUUUGUCUGUCAGAGAAAAAACAAAAACAAGAAAUAUUUGUUAUUUAUUCAUUGUCAUUUUCAGUCCCGGCAUUGGUCAGAGUGGAGAUACACAACACAUAUUCCUAGUUGAUGUCAAAAAUUCUCAAAAUCAAAAUGAGACUCGUAUUCCAUUUUCUGCACUCCCUUCACUUUUCAAACAAAAUUUGAUUGGUCCACCAAAUGUAUAUUAUGCUAUUGGUUUUGUAAUUGAUCAGGUUAAUAGAAACAGGUUGUAAUAAAAUUAUUGAAAGUUAUCACUUUUGUAUUUUUCAAUCAGGUUUUCGAAACCGAAUAUAUUUUUUUUUCAAAAUAAAAAUCUGACAUGAGCCAGAGUAAUUUUUAGAAAGAUUAUUUCAGUAUGAUUCGAGUUAUUAGAUGUUUGAUCGGAAAACGAUGCUGUUCGAGUAAUGUGAGUAUCACCUGUUAUUUUUCUGAUUUUGACAAAAAAAUCAACCUUUAAGCCUCUGCCAACUCAAACAAUCACGGAAAUCUCUUUACAAAACAAUCUGACAGACGAGGAAAACAAUUCAGAAAUAAUGAAAAAGUUUGGCGAAGAAACACCUUCAUCUUCAACAGAUUUAAAAAUAUUUGAAGAGCCUUUGACAUCAGCGAAAAUAGCAGAAGCACAUCGAAAAAAGUUGGAAACUGGAGUAGCGACAUUUCGAAAAAUAGUUUAUUCAAAUGGAGAGUUGGACAAUAGUAAUUUGAAUGAACCGCCAUCUCCAGAAAAUCCACAUCCAUUUAAUGGAAAUGAUUUACCACCUGUUUAUUCACAUUCUUUGGUUCCAUUUGUUAAUCAUUCACCAGUUCUCCGAUUUUUGAUUGAUAUUGGAACAAAUUUAGCUGAUAUUGAAAAUUCGAAUCCGGCGAUUGGAAAAUAUUUAAUGAGACUUCGAAUCGAAGACAUCAAAUCAAAAAUCGAACUUAUGCAAGAAGUUGGAUUUCAAGAUUCGGAAAUUGGUGAAUAUUUGACAAGAAAUCCAUUUUUUCUAUUGCAAGAUGUUAAUGAUAUGCGAGCUCGGCUGAAUUAUUUGGAACUCAAGAAAUUUCAGCCCAAGGAAAUCUUGAAAAUUGUGAAAGAAUAUCGAUAUUGGUUGAAUUGUGGUGUAAAAUUAAUAGAUUCUCGUCUUGGAUGGAUUCAACAACAAUUCAAAUUGACUGCAAAAGCAACAAGGGAAAUAAUAGUGAAAGAACCAAGGAUAAUUAUGUUUGGAACUGGACCAAUCGAAAGAAUUAUAAAAAUGAUUCUGAAAGAGUUUAAUUUUUCACAAAAUCAACUCAAAGAAUUGAUAAUUGAUGAUCCUCGAUUAUUUAUGAUGGGUAAGCUUUUCUCCCUUUCUAAAAAUAAUUUUUCAACCAAUAUUUUUCUGCAGAUGCUAAACUUAUCUCAAGGAACUAUCGAUUUAUUCGAGAUGUUAUGCGGAUAAAUAAUGAAACAAUUAUGGAAAAUCCAUUUAUACUUCGAUGCUCAAUUAGUUCAUUAAAAACUCGCCAUGAUUUUCUGAAGAAAAUGGGAAGAUCAAAUUAUCGAUUAGCAGAGAAAAAAGAAUCAAAAAAUGAUCGAACACCUUUGGAAGAAGCUGAAACAUCGAAAGAAAAUGUUGAACUUGUAGAUUUGAAUGAUUUUUUGAGGCCUUCUGAUGCAGAGUUUGCUAAAUUCGCUGCAAAAACAUAUCCGGUAGUUUAUGAAAAAUUUUUGAGAAAUUCAUAA